UUUGGCGACGUGGACCAGGUCCGGAUGACCUCUGAGGGCUCAGACUGCCGCUGCAAGUGCAUCAUGCGACCGCUGAGCAAGGACGCAUGCAGCCGAGUGCGCAGUGGGCGUGCGCGGGUUGAAGACUUCUACACGGUGGAGACCGUGAGCUCGGGCUCCGACUGCCGCUGCUCCUGCACCGCGCCACCCUCCUCACUCAACCCCUGCGAGAACGAGUGGAAGAUGGAGAAACUCAAGAAGCAGGCGCCCGAGCUCCUCAAGCUGCAGUCCAUGGUGGAUCUUCUGGAGGGCACCCUGUACAGCAUGGACCUGAUGAGAGUGCAUGCCUAUGUCCACAAGGUGGCCUCCCAGAUGAACACGCUGGAAGAGAGCAUCAAGACCAACCUGAGCCGGGAGAAUGAUGUGGUGAGGGAGAGCAUGCGCCAGCUGAGCGACCACCUGAAGCACUAUGAGAACCACUCGGCCAUCAUGAUGAGCAUCAAGAAGGAGCUCUCCAGCCUUGGCCUCCAACUGCUGCAGAAGGACCAAGCCACCGCCCCUGCCACUGCCCCAGCCACAGGCCUUGAUAGCAAGGCUCAGGACACAGCUGGGGGAAAAGGCAAAGACACCAACAAAUAUGGCAGUGUGCAGAAGAACUUUGUAGAUCGGGGUCUCCAAAAAUCCCCUAAGGAGAAGCUGCUGAAGACGGAGAAGCUGAGGAAGGAGAGUGGCAAGGGCCGAUUCUCCCAGCCCACAGCCAAGCCUCGCACCCUAGCCCAGCAGCAGGCUGUGAUCCGGGGCAUCACUUACUACAAGGCGGGAAGGCAGGAGGCAACUGAGGCCCUGGCUGACAACACCCUCAAGGGCACUUCCUGGCUAGAGCAGCUGCCACCCAAGGUGGAGGGCAGGCCACUUGAUCCCAACUCAGCGGAGCAGGACGAGGCUGGGCCCAGGGCCUCAGAGGGAGCAGACGUGGCCCUCAGCACCCCCGCCUCGGAUACCACUACCACCACCACCACCACCACCACCCCUACCCCAACUCCCACCACCAGUCCCCUGCCCACCACGCUGCCAUCACACCCAGAAGUCCCCAGCCAAGGCAGAGAGGGGAGCUGUGAGGGCACCCUGAGGGCCGUGGACCCUCCUGUGAGGCACCACAGCUAUGGCCGCCAUGAGGGUGCCUGGAUGAAGGACCCUGCAGCACGGGAUGACAGGAUCUACGUCACCAACUACUACUACGGAAACAGCCUGGUGGAGUUCCGCAACCUGGAAAACUUCAAGCAAGGCCGCUGGAGCAACAUGUACAAGCUACCCUAUAACUGGAUCGGCACAGGCCACGUGGUAUACCAGGGUGCCUUCUACUACAAUCGUGCCUUCACCAAGAACAUUAUCAAGUACGACCUGCGGCAACGCUUUGUGGCCUCCUGGGCGCUGCUGCCCGACGUGGUGUACGAGGACACCACGCCCUGGAAGUGGCGCGGCCACUCAGACAUCGACUUCGCCGUAGAUGAAAGCGGCCUGUGGGUCAUCUACCCCGCUGUGGAUGACCGUGACGAGGCCCAGCCCGAGGUGAUCGUGCUGAGCCGCCUGGAUCCCGGCGACCUCUCAGUGCACCGGGAGACCACGUGGAAGACACGGCUGCGGCGGAACUCCUACGGCAACUGCUUCCUGGUGUGUGGCAUCCUGUACGCGGUGGAUACGUACAACCAACACGAAGGUCAGGUCGCCUACGCCUUCGACACGCACACAGGAACUGACGCUCGCCCUCAACUGCCCUUCGUCAACGAGCAUGCCUACACCACCCAGAUUGACUACAACCCCAAGGAACGGGUGCUGUAUGCCUGGGACAAUGGCCACCAGCUCACCUAUACCCUCCACUUUGUGGUCUGAGCAGGGACCCCUGUCCUCCCAGGAGAAGGGUGGCAAUGUUGGCUGGAGGCUCCCUGCGGCAAUUCUUGCAAAGGACCCUGUCGACAAAUAUUUAUUGGGUGCCAGGCCCAGAGCUCGGUGCUAGGCACUGGCCGUAGCUGAGAUGGAACUUCCUUAGCACCAGUGGGUAAUAACCGCUUCCACUUACAGCACUGUGCCAAGCGCUUGACAUGCAUUUACCCAUUUAAUCCUCCCAGCACCACCCUUGGAGGUAGAGAUGACUUCCCCCAUUUAACAGAUGAGGCAAAGGCUCAGAGACAGUGUCCCUUGCUUAACUUCUCUGUUUGGAUCAGCCAGG